AAUAGCUUCCACCACCGACCCACUAACACUGAAAAAAUGGGAUUGAGAAGGAGAAGAGUGAGGAGAAGGUCAUGUUUGAUUGUGUGUGCGUUUUGCAUUGGUAUGGGGCUGCUGAUGCUUUCUCUGAGAACCGUUGAUUCUCCUCCAAAUCCAACCGAUGUUGAUUUUCCAGUGAAGCUCGAAGUUCAAGAAGAGAGCUCGGGUCCCGUGAGCGGUGGCGAUGCGGAGGAUGAGGUUGUGGGGAAGAUAGGAGGAAAGUCGGAGACUGAGAGAUCAUGCGCCACGGUGGAGGAGAUGGGAGAGGCAUUUCAUGGAGGGUUCUGGAAUGAAAGCCUCCGAGUCAGAAGAAUUAUUCAGAACCACUUUGCUCUAAAUGGUGCUUCAAGAGUGCGAAGUCUUCCUCCGGAGCAGUUCUGCAGACAUGGUUUUGUGAUGGGGAAAUCAUCUGAGGCAGGUUUUGGAAAUGAAAUGUACAAGGUCCUAACUGGUGCAGCACUAAGUAUAAUGUUGAACCGGUCUUUGAUCAUUGGGCAAACCAGGAAGAAAUAUCCUUUUGGUGAUUACAUUUCUUACUCGAACCACACUUUUACCUUGAAAGAAGUCAAGCAUCUGUGGAGACACAAUGGCUGUGAGAAAAAAUAUAAAAGGCAUCUGAUUAUGAGAACUGAUGAUUUUGAGAAGCCAUCUGAAACAAAUGUCCUCUGUAGCGAUUGGCAGAAAUGGAAGCACCCAAUCAUUUGGUUACAAGGUACCACAGAUGCAACGGCAGCUCAAUUUUUCUUGAAGAACAUACACCCUGAGAUGAGGAAUGCUGCUUCUAAUUUAUUUGGACAGCCAGAGUCUCUCCAAUCUCGGGCUAACGUGUUUGGGGAGCUGAUGAAAGUCCUCAUAUCUCCUACAAAAGAUGUAGAGGAAGCAGUAAAUUGGGUUAUUGGGGGUGGGGUGGAUCCUGAUAUCUCAUUGCACAUGCGGAUGCUUAUGAAUAGAUCUGUAAGAGCUGUACGAGCUGCAUUGAAUUGCGUUAGAAAAGCCAUACGCAUACGAAACCUCAUGUCAAGACCAAAGGUGGUAUUAGUGUCAGAUAGCCCCUCUCUUGUAAAAAGUAUCAAACCAGAUUUAAGUGAAUUUGCAGAGGUGCUUCAUUUUGAUUUUAAACUUUUCAAAGGGAAUAUAUCUAGUGGCGAAAAUGGAUUGCAUAAUUCAGAUUUUAGGGUGAAGGAUUGGGGCCCCGCACCUAGAUGGGUCGCAUUUGUGGACUUCUUUCUUGCAUCACGUGCUAAGUAUGCUGUUGUCUCUGGGGCUCACAGGCGUGUUGGGACUACCUAUGCUCAGUUAAUAGCUGGGCUGGCUGCAGCAUACAGUCUUGAGGAGAAUUCUACGGGACCAAGUUUUUCAUUCUUAAGUAGCUUCCAAGGUAAUUUGUUAGAAGAAGGUUUAAGGCUUCAGGUUGGAUGGGGACAUGUCUGGAACAGAUUUGCUGGUCCAUUGAGUUGUCGUCACCAGCCCAGUCAAUGUGCUUUUACACCGCUUCUGCCUCCAGCAUGGUGGGAAGGACUUUGGCAGUCCCCGAUUCCACGGGAUAUCCGUAGGUUGGCUGCCUAUGGUAUCCAAUUAUCUGGCUUUGGAACCGUUGAUGAAGAUUAUCUUCAGUCAUUCUGUAAGUCAAGAAAAACUGUUGUGAAAACUGUACCAUUCAUUUUGUAAUAGUUGGAGUUGCAUUUUUUAUUCUUCUUAUCAACGUAACCAUAAUGAUGAGAGAAUUUUAGUUCAACUUCUUUCCAAAUCCAUUUCUAUUGUUGUGAAAA